CUAGGAAAAACUGGUUUUUGGUUUUUGUUUAGAAAUUGACAGUUAUUUAAGAAACUAGUUUUCCUAGAUUUUAUGAAAACCCAUUUUCAAAAAGCUUGAUCGGGUGAAAAUUGGUUUUUGGAAAAACAAAAACCAAAAACUAUUCUAAAAACCAGAAACAAUCAAGCUCUUAGUUGUUGACCCUUCGAAUCAGGAUCCAUUAUCUGAUUCGAACUUAUCCUUCUUGUUUAUUUGAUUCCAUUCUUCUGUCUUUCUCCGAUCUUAGCUUACCUUAGUUCCAAAAUGAAGCCGCCGUUGAAAGGCCACGAGACCAGAGAAACCCCAAUACGUGAAGUAUACGAUACAACCACUAUCCCUGAACUCCUCCAACUGAUCGAUUCAAUACUUGAGGAACUUCACCGAUCACUCGGCAUAACAUCCGUUGAGGCAAACCAAUCAGAGAAGAACCAGACGAGUACGGAUGGUCCAGACCCGACGGAUACCAAAAGGUUAAGCGAACCAUUCUUCUUGAAAAAUAUUUUACUUGAGAACUCAUCUGGUGAUACCAGUGAGUUAACGACGUUAGCUAUGUCUGUUCACGCCGUAAUGUUAGAAUCUGGAUUCGUUUUAAUCAAUCCUGUCUCCUCUGAUGAUAAGUUUAGCUUCUCGAAAGAGUUAAUUUAUACUCUGCCUGAGCUUGUCGAGUCUGUUACCGUUACGUUUCAGAGCUUAACCAAUAAAGUUGUAGUCUACGGGUCUUUAAGUGGGAAUGUGCGGAGGGUUUAUCUUGAUAAGAGUCGGUUUAUGCCCGUUAUUGAUACUCUGAAGUCUGACGAAGAAGUCUCUUCGAGCAUCUUCAAGGAGGUGUUUGUGUUCUGGAGAUUGGUGAAAGAUGGUCGUCUUGUUACACCUUUGUUGAUCGGUCUAUGCUAUAAGUCCGGCUUGGAACCUCCACCGUGCUUUACACGUCUACCGACAGAGCUUAAGGUGAAGAUAGUAGAGUCCCUUACGGGAGCGAGUCUUGCGAAGAUGGCUUGCGUUUGCAGGGAGAUUCGGUGUAUGGCAUCGGGUAACGACUUGUGGAAACAGAAGAUCUGGGAAGAAGCUAAGCAUCUUCUUCUUGUUGGGAAUGGAGGCAGGGGCUCGGUUAAUUGGAAGGCGAAGUUUGCUAGUUUUUGGAUGCACUACAAACAAAAAUUGUCCCCAGUUGUACAACAACACGAACGAGAAACCUUAACGGACAUUGACAUGGCCAUGCGUAUGCACCAUACCUGUCGUUUUCCCAUCGUUAGUGACCCUGUCCCUGACCCUUUCGGAUUGUCUAAUGGUGAUGACUUGCAUGGUUCCCUCGGUGUACACCGUGGACGACAGAGGCUUGGCCGACAUCGUUUUAGUCCUGGAUGCAAUCUUGGAGGAGGCAUUUUAGUUUACAACUGUCGAAGCUAAUGUUUGGGAUGUUGCAUUUAGAUUUUAUAUGUUUUGAGAACUUAUUGCCCUCGUCUUCCUGAUGUAAAACAAUGUUGGGAUUUCAUUGGCUUAGAACAGCUUGUGCUCAAGUAUAACUUUUUCUUUUUGUUUUAAAGGUUUUUGGUAACUUUUGCCACCAACAGAUGAAUGUUCUUGUAAUUAGAUUUACUGCGUCAUAAAGUAGAUGUGCUUUCUUU